GUCUGCUCACCGGCGCCCCGGGCAGGACGAGGGGAGAGCUGUGGUCAUGGGGGACCCCUCUGAGAAGGGCCAGCGCGCUUUGCUCAAUGAAGGAGAAGAGAAUGAGAUGGAGAUCUUUGGCUAUCGGACUCAAGGCUGCCGGAAAGCUCUCUGCCUCGCUGGAUCCAUCUUCUCCCUUGGACUCCUCCCCCUGGUGUUCUACUGGAGACCGGCGUGGCACGUAAGGGCACAUUGUGUCCCGUGCUCCUUGCAAGACGCAGAUGUUGUGCUGCUGAGGUCAACAGAUGAAUUCCAGACUUAUUCUCGGAAAAAGGUAAUGUGGAUCCACCUGUCAGCAUUACACAGCACUAUGGGUCUCACUCCUGACCACCCUCUCAUUACAGACGAGGAGUACGUCAUCAACAGAGCCAUACAAAAGCCCGAUUUAAAGGUGAGAUGCAUAAAGAUACAGAAAAUAAGAUAUGUUUGGGACAACUUAGAAGGACACUUCCAGAAAGUUGGCUCUUUGGAAGACUGGCUCACUUCUGCCAACAUACAUCUAAAAUUCGGAUCAGGUCUAACAAGAGAAGAGCAAGAGAUUAGGAGGUUAAUUUGUGGGCCUAAUACUAUUGAUGUUGAAAUCACACCGAUUUGGAAACUACUCAUCAAGGAGGUUCUAAAUUCAUUUUACGUCUUUCAACUCUUCAGUGUCUGCCUGUGGUUCAGUGAAGACUACAAGGAAUAUGCUCUCGCCAUUAUAAUCAUGUCCGUCAUUUCCAUAGCGCUGACAGUCUACGAUCUCAGACAGCAAUCUGUAAAACUCCACCGUUUAGUUGAGUCGCACAGUAGCAUUACCGUCUCUGUGUGUGAAAGAAAAGCUGGCAUCCAAGAACUGGAAUCCCACUUCCUGGUGCCUGGUGAUUUAUUACUUUUGACAGGGAACAAAGUACAAAUGCCAUGUGAUGCCGUUCUGAUUGAUGGCAACUGUGUGGUGGAUGAAGGGCUGCUGACAGGAGAAAGUAUUCCAGUAACCAAAACCCCGUUACUGAGAAUGGGGGGCUUGGUGCCCUGGAAAACACAGGGAGACGCGGACUACAAACGGCACGUCCUCUUCUGCGGCACAGAGGUGGUCCAGGCCCGGGGAGCCGGCGCUGGCUUUGUGAGAGCGGUGGUCCUGCAGACGGAAAAAAAUAAUGACUAUUUAUAUGUGUUGAAAAUUCUUCCCACACAUAAAACCAGCAAAAAUAAUGACUACCUGCAGAAUGACUUCCUUGUCCAGGAGCCGCCUGAGGAGGUGGUGAAGAAAGCCCUGGACGCCAUCACAAUCGCCGUUCCCCCUGCGCUCCCCGCUGCUCUGACCACGGGCAUCAUCUACGCCCAGAGGAGAUUACAGAAGAGAGGCAUCUUCUGCAUUAGCCCCCAGAGGAUUAAUGUGUGUGGGCAACUGAACCUUGUCUGCUUUGACAAGGAAGUCCACAGCUUUGCCUCAGGCUCACCUUUGCCAUGGGGUCCCUUGUGUGCGGCCAUGGCCAGCUGUCACUCUCUGAUCCUUCUGGAUGGGACCGUCCAGGGAGACCCGCUGGACCUCAAAAUGUUUGAAGCCACCAAUUGGGAAAUGCAUAUUUCGGGGGACGAUGUCCACAUCAAGGACGUGCCAGCCCAUGCCAUGGUAGUUAAACCCUGCAAAACAGCCAACCAGGUCCCAGCAGAAGGCAUUGUGAUCCUGCAUCAGUUCCCAUUCUCAUCAGCACUGCAGAGAAUGACGGUCAUUGUCCAAGAGGUGGGGGGUGACCGGCUGGCUUUCAUGAAAGGUGCACCAGAGAAGGUAGCCAGCUUUUGCCAACCAGAGACAGUACCAACUAGCUUUAUUAGUGAACUGCAGAUUUACACCACUCAGGGCUUCCGGGUCAUUGCACUGGCCUAUAAGAAACUGGAAGCUGAUCACCACUUCACUGCCUUGACGAGGGAGAAGAUAGAAACAGACCUGAUAUUCCUGGGACUGUUGAUCUUGGAGAACCAACUGAAGGCAGAGACAAACGCUGUCCUGGAAGAGCUCAUUUCGGCCCGGAUAAGGACGGUCAUGAUCACAGGUGACAAUCUUCAGACUGCAAUCACAGUCGCCAGGAAGUCUGGGAUGGUUUCUGGAAACCAGAAAGUCAUUCUUAUUGAAGCCAUUGAAGCCAGUGGCUCUUCGGCAGCAUCUCUAUCUUGGAAACUAGUGGAAGAGACGAAGCACCCUGUGUGCGGGAAUCAGGACCAUUACAUUAACAUCCGAGGAGAAGGCCCUGGGGAUGAUACAGAAGGAAGUUACCAUUUUGCUCUCACUGGAAAAACCUUCCAGGUUGUAAGUCAGCAUUUCAGCAGCCUCCUGCCCAAGAUACUGAUCAAUGGGACUAUCUUUGCAAGAAUGUCUCCUGGGCAGAAAUCCAGUCUGGUGGAAGAAUUUCAGAAACUGGAUUACUUUGUAGGAAUGUGUGGGGAUGGAGCCAAUGACUGUGGGGCUCUGAAAAUGGCUCACGUGGGCAUCUCUCUGUCAGAGCAGGAGGCAUCUGUGGCCUCACCAUUCACGUCCAAAACUCCGAACAUUGAGUGUGUGCCCCACCUUAUCAAGGAAGGACGUGCGGCUCUCGUGACCUCAUUCUGCAUGUUCAAGUACAUGGCUCUGUACAGCAUGAUUCAGUAUGUUGGUGUUCUGCUGCUCUACUGGGAAACAAACAGCCUUUCAAAUUACCAGUUUCUCUUCCAGGAUUUGGCCAUAACAACUCUUAUUGGUAUAACAAGCUCACCUAGUCCUCAAGGCAACAGCCUUGUUUUUCAACACGUUAAAGAGAUCCUGAGCAGCAGACCUACCCAAAGCAAUGUAUCCUUUGAUCUCUUGACUGCUGCUUCCAGGAGCAUCGAUUGGGAAUUCGAUGCCUGCACAGUGGGGAAUGAAAGCAUCUCAGAGGUAGUCAUUUCUCCAAAUUCUCCAGAAAGGCAGGACAGCAACAGUGCCUUCGCCAGUUUUGAGAACACUACUAUCUGGUUCUUGGGAACAAUCAACUGUGUCAUGGUGGCGCUUAUAUUCUCCAAAGGAAAACCCUUUCGGCAGCCCACCUAUAAAAACUAUGUGUUUGUCCUCGUCCUGGUCAUCCAGCUGGGGGUGUGCCUAUUCAUCCUGUUUGCUGACAUUCCAGAACUAUACAGGCGUUUGGAUCUGCUCUGCACCCCUGUCCUCUGGAGGAUCUACAUUGUCAUUAUGCUUGGCUCCAACUUCAUUGUGUCCCUUGUGGUGGAGGAGGCUAUUAUUGAAAACCGAGCCCUGUGGAUGGUCAUCAAAAGGUGUUUUGGCUAUCAAUCAAAAAGCCCGUAUCAGAUAUGGCAGAGGGCCUUGGCAAAGGACCCAAGCUGGCCUCCAUUAAACCAAACCUCUUACUGUGACAUGCCAGAGUGUGGCAGGGGAGUGUCUUAUAGCAAUCCAGUGUUUGAGAGCAAUGAAGAACAACUUUGAAGGCGAUGUGAUCUCUGAAGCCCAUGUAGCAGAGAAAUAAUAACACAAGUCACCAGUC